CACAAACCACACUCGCCAAGAUAGAGGUCCCGCUUGGCGGUACACAGACAACCACUCAGCCCCUGAUCCAGAGACAGCAGACGGAGAGAAGUGAGGGAGAAACGAGAGGACAAGAAAUAGAGCGAGCGUCACAUUCACGUUUGUUGUGGCUGCAGCGACAGAGAGGAGGACAAGAGAGGGAGAGAGAGAGGGGGGAAGACGACAGGCGAGUGUGUCCUUGAAAACUGCACCACAACUCUUUCAAGAAAGCCAGGAAGACUAAUGAACUUAUCAAAGGCCCAGGUUAAUAGUGAAGAUAAAUACGGCAAAUGUGGCAGCGCGUGGAGAAUGCAACAGACUUACGACCUCGACGCCACUCACAUGCGUGACACACAUGCACUUUAUAACCCAAGGCACCUGUGCAGAAUGUCCAGCAAAGAGCGCCACCUAGAGUCCAGCUGCCCAUCCUACAUUAAGACAGAGCCCUCCAGCCCCGCCUCCCUGGCAGACAGCAUCAACCACCACAGCCCUGGGGGCUCCAGUGACGCCAGCGGCUCCUACAGCUCUACCAUGAACGGCCACCAGAACGGCCUGGACUCCCCCACCCUGUACGGGCCUGGGGCCGGCCCCCUGGGCCCUGCUGGGGCCUCCAAGCGCUAUGAAGACUGCUCCAGCACCAUUGGGGAGGACUCGCAGAUCAAGUGCGAGUACAUGUUGAAUUCCAUGCCCAAGCGGCUGUGCCUGGUGUGUGGCGACAUCGCCUCGGGCUACCACUACGGCGUGGCCUCCUGCGAGGCCUGCAAGGCCUUCUUCAAGAGGACCAUCCAAGGGAACAUUGAGUACAGCUGCCCUGCCACCAACGAGUGUGAGAUCACUAAGAGGAGACGCAAGUCCUGCCAAGCCUGUCGCUUCAUGAAGUGUCUAAACGUCGGCAUGAUGAGAGAAGGUGUGCGGCUGGACCGAGUGCGUGGUGGCAGACAGAAGUACAAGCGCCGGAUAGACGCUGAGAACAGCCCCUACCUCAACCCUCAACUGGCCCUGCCUCCCAAAAAGCCAUUUCCCUUUGGCUGCCUUGCAGAUAACAAGAUCGUGUCGCACCUGCUGGUGGCUGAACCAGAGAAGAUCUACGCCAUGCCAGACCCCACCGUCCCCGACAGUGACAUCAAGGCCCUUACCACGCUUUGUGACCUGGCUGACAGAGAGCUGGUGGUCAACAUUGGCUGGGCCAAACACAUCCCAGGUUUCUCCACGCUGUCGCUGGCAGACCAGAUGAGUCUACUGCAGAGUGCGUGGAUGGAGAUUCUGAUCCUGCGUGUGGUGUACCGCUCGCUGUCCUUCGAGGACAAGCUGGUGUAUGCUGAGGACUACAUCAUGGACGAGGACCAGUCCAAGCUGGCAGGUCUACUUGAUCUCAACAACGCCAUACUGCAACUGGUGAAGAAAUACAAAGCCAUGAAGCUGGAGAAGGAGGAGUUUGUUACUCUCAAGGCUGUAGCUUUGGCUAACUCAGACUCCAUGCACGUAGAGGAUGUGGAGGCGGUGCAGAAGCUCCAGGAUGUGCUCCACGAGGCCCUGCAGGACUACGAGGCAGGCCAGCACCCGGAGGACCCUCGUCGGGCAGGCAAGCUGCUGAUGACCCUGCCCCUGCUCCGCCAGACCUCCACCAAGGCUGUGCAGCACUUCUACAGCAUCAAGCAGGAUGGCAAGGUCCCCAUGCACAAACUCUUCCUGGAACUGCUGGAGGCCAAGGUCUGAUUGGCCAACCACGUCCACCAACUCCGAAAUGUCAGUCAAUCACACACAGGCUCCUCCCAUUGACCCCCCCAAAACCCCACAUGACAUCUGAAUUUCCCAAACUCGCCGCCCACUGAGAAAGAUCGGUGGGAGUAACCUCUGAACUUUAAUCUCUGACCUCCGUGCAUUAGGGGAGACACUGACACUGAGACGAGAUCUCUGCUGGAGGGUCGUCUGUGUACAAACUAUAGCCAAGUCAUAAACCAGCUACCAUAACAAUGGCACUGUAAACUAUUGACUAUCGACCUCGUGUCACUUAUACAUAGAAGAAUUAUUAACAAUGUGAUUAUUGACUAUUGACUGCUAAAAAUAUUGAAAGGAGGAAUUUAAAAAAGAAAAGUGAGAGAGAGACACUGCUCUGGUUGUCUUAGCAGCAGAUAGACUGUAAAGCUCCUUCUUCUCAGUUUCCCAGUUUUUACAGGACAUGCACUGCAGAAGAAAAAAGAACAUUAACAAGUACUUUUUGUUGAUGAUUUUCAUGAAGAAAUGGACAAAGAUAAGAUAAGAGGAGAGGAGACUUGCCCUGCCAAAGGAUGGAGAUCCAUUCAGUUGAUGUCCAGCAAACUUAACCAUCAGCCCCAAACACCUCAUCUGAUAGUCUGAGGCACCGUCUGGCCUGCUUAACUACAGUGUUAGAACACACACAAAGUUCCCACAUGCCAGCCGAUAAGAUCGUUGUCAUCACCCCCAGCCUUCCCUUUGGGUUUGUCAUUUGAAUCACUUACAGAUAUUAGACUUCCUCUUUACCCCUUUCUGUUGUCUUCCAAAGUGUUUUUACAGACAAGAAGUAGUGGCUUGAUUGUUAUUGUUUUCAGGGAGAUGGUGAAGCUUUAGUCACUCAUGCAAUAUGAAUGAGAGGUACAGGAGUGCUGAAGGGACAUAUUUAUGGUUGUUGCAACUUUUUUGGUCUUAUUUUUAUUUAAAUGAAUAAUGGUGUAAGUAUAUGGUUCGGUCAUCAUAUAUGGUCUAUGAUUAUUUUAUUUAGUUUAUAUUGUGUUAAUAAGAAAUCAAUCAAUAAAUGUUUAUUUCUAUCAGCUUUACCACUUUCAGCAAUUAUAUAUGAAUAUAUAUAUAGAUAUAUAUAUGGAUCGAAUUUGAUCUUCUCCAAGCAAUAGUCAUUUAAAAUGAGGGUGCAUAUUAACAUGUAUGCAAUUAAUGUUUGUGCCAGUCUUCGUUGGGAAAUGUUAACAUUUCUACCAGGUGUAGCUUCUCUCUCUGUGCUAGCCAUAGGCUAUUAGAUGACAUAGUCUUAGACUCAAACUAACCCAAGGGUAGAGAAGCACCAUGAAUGUGGAGGCAAGCAAAUAACUCAUGCAUUAGACUCUGAAGACCACCCUUGUACCAACAACAGUAAUCUAUAGCCAAGAUAUAAUACUAAACUAGCAUUUAGGAAAGCUAAACUGCAACUGGGUCAUAGGAAGGAAUGAGGUUGGGAUUUGGUCCAGGGUUUUUGUAAACAGAUUAAGAACACCAAUAUCCGAAAUCUAGAUUAUGACGUAAUCUAAUAUAAAAUGGCAACUGGUUCCAGUUGAGAACCUAAACGAUAAAUCAAGUAACCUACGUCACUCUCUGUAACAAAUAUGUCAGUAUUAUUAGUAAGGGGUAUUUUCUGAACCUUCUUAACCAUUGUAUAUUGUAAAUUAACAGAUUAUAAUUCUAAUCUAAUACAUUUUAUCGGAAUAAAAAGAAAAAAAAAGGAAAAAAAAAUGAAAAAUUGUAGUUCAGCCUCUCAGUGUUUCAUGUUUGUUGUGCUUUUUCUGAAAACGCUCCCUUUCUUUUCUUUCGUUGCUUUUGUUUCUUCCCUUUUGUUUCGCUCAACGUCAUCGUUGUGUACUUUCUGGUGGUGGUUCCAGUGCUCGUGGCGUGCGCUUUUUUAGACACAGGGUAGAAGUAGAUCAAAUACUCUGAAGAUAAGGGUCGGCGUGUUCUCACAUACCUACCGACUCACCAGGAAACAAGGCUCUUCUAUUUAGCUAGUUCUGCUAGAUCAACAGAUCAAACGACUAUAUCAUCAUCAUCAUAAUAACCUAUACUGGCGUAGAAGAGGAUAACAAGUAUCUAAUGGAAGAAACAACUUAUUUCAAAAGGGAUCCUUUGUGUAACUUUCUUGUAGAAUAACAUUGUAUAUCUUAGGUUUAGUAAAUACAAGGAAAAACACAUGUGAGUACUUCCGAACGAUAGCUGACUUUUUUUUGAUAACUUGCUGUACUGUACAUACUGCUUUCCAUUCAGAAACAGCUACGUUGUAACAUUAUCUAAACUCUUUGAGGUUGCGAAGGGAAAUAACAUUUUUUUUUAAAUGUUUUUGUUUUGUUUUGGGGUUAACGUUGUGUGUUUACUAAAAGCAAUGAAAAAAAGAAAGAUGAAAAUAUUGUUAUUUUCUAGGACUAAUGGGGGGGUUGUGUUUCUAAUGAAUUUAUCUGCUUCCUUGGUCCUAUGUGUUAACUACUGUACCAUCUUUUCAUCAUUGGCUAAACAUAAAGAAUAGAGCAUGAUUUGGAGAAAGUAUUUAACUGAAAGUACUUUCCCAAAUGCAGGUCCCAGUUGAAUCAAUUGCAGAUAACAGGAAAUGAUACUUAUGUACUCACUCUGAAUUUUAAAGCUGUAUUUUAAGGCCAGGUGUGGUUUCAUGUCAACAGCAGCUAGCUUGGUGUGUCAGUUUGAACAUGUUUAACACUUCAGAUACUGCAUGAUCUGGCAGUGGUGUUUGACUUUAUCUGCAGUUGUGUAUUGGGCCUGAAUUCUCUAUACUCACUAAUGAGGAAGACAAUAAUGUCAGAGUUGUUGUGGGAAACAUGUUGGCUCGUCUAUCAUUUCCAUACACAACUCCUGGGAGAGAGCUGUUUUCUUCUUCUCUGUCUGUUUCUGUUUUUAGUUGAUGUUUCUGUCAACUGUUUGUCCAUUUUCAAACCGAUACUAUGUACUGGCCAAUAAAAGGAGCUGAAAGAGAACACAACCGUCUCUCAGAGGUGACUUAAACUGAGCUGAAUUUGAUGUUGAACAAUAUUUGACAAACCAUAAUAAUAACAUAAUAAUAAUAAUCACAACCUUGCCAUAGAAUAAGGUCAAAGGCUUAGUCUUCAACAUUGUACCUUCCAGUCUCAAGACAUGGUUAAGCAUAUUAGCUACACCAUUAAAUAUUCAAUAUUCUUAGUAAACAUUAAAGUUAUCAUAACAACACUGCUCUUGUGUAAAUUAUGGGCACAUAUAUUGUUGGCCUACUCACGUAGUUGUAGCAUCUUAAAUCAUACUGAGGUUUUGCUGUGUAUCUUUCAACACCUUUCAUGGAUCAUAUUGAAGAGAGAGAGAGAGAGAGAGGAGAGUAAUUUAGCCAUAACGAACGAGGGCGUUUAUUCUCCCAACGUGAUGUUGUUAUUUAAAGCAAUAUGACUGUGCAACAGACAGACGGACAGACGUUGCACUUUGUGUUUGAAUUAGAUCAAUGCUGUAUCUAUUGGACUAUUUUAUCAUUAGAAGAUACGGAAUAAAGAAAUGAACAUGUACAAACAACUGCUAUUUUUUAUGAGAAGUGAAGGAGAAUAGUGAGUGUUAGUCAAGUAGGUAAUUAUGCCGAGGUGUGCUUAUACAUACCACGUGUGUGCUUAGGGUAUAUCCUGGCUGUCUGACAUGCACAUGUAUGACAAUAUAGAGGGAGGGGGAAAAGGUUAAGAAAACGGAGAAAAUAAUAUAUGAUUAAAAUUAUGAAAAAAUAUCUGAAAAAUCUUUCCGACCAGGAAUUGCUGGGACGCCUUGAGAGACAUGUCCGUAGUUCUAGAUGUGCUCCACAUCAGUUAACGAUUACCUGUAUAUUUUUGUGACGUGUGUAUCAUACAGUGUGCUCCAACAAUAUGUCCAUUUGUGUAAAUGUAUUUAUUUGACAUUGUAUAUAUUGUCCAAUGCAAAAAGAGAGACCUAUGAUUCUGUAACUACGAUCAGUUCAGAUGUGUUACUCCCAUCAUGCCAUUCAGGAUAACGGUAGAGCAAUAUUAAAACAUGCUUCCA